GUUGCGUACGGCACCACAAAACUCUUAUCCCAAAGAAAGUUGAAGUUUUGGAUAACAAAAAAGAAAAAGCCGGCAAAAGAGAAGUAGAAAGGAAGAAGACAAAGAUGACUUUGGGUGGUACUGCGGACUACGAUAGAGCCAAAGAGGUGAAGGAUUUCGACGACUCCAAGAUCGGAGUCAAAGGGCUGGUCGAAUCCGGCACCACCACCAUCCCUCGUUUCUUCAUCCACCCUCCCGAAAAACUAACAGAGAUCAAGCAUCCCCCUACCAACCUCUCAAUCCCCGCUGUUGAUCUCUCCGACGUGGAUUCCGACCGUCGAUCAGCCAUCAUCCAGCAAAUUUAUGAAGCCUCCCACACGUGGGGCUUCUUCCAGGUCACCAACCACGGCAUCCCCCUCUCUGCCAUCGACGAGAUGAUCUCAGCCAUCCGAUCCUUCAACGAGCAGCCGCCGCAUGUGCGAUCCCAGUACUACGGGCGGGGACAGGGAGGCGGUGUGGCCUACAACACGAACUUCGAUCUGUUCCAAUCCAAGGCCGCCAGCUGGCGUGACACGCUGCAGGUACGGAUUGGCCCUGAACCGCUGGAUUUGGGGAGGAUUCCGGAGAUCUGCCGGAGGGAGGUGAUCACGUGGGACGAGCACGUGAAGGGGUUGGGUGAGGUGCUCAUGGAGCUGUUGAGCGAAGGAUUGGGAUUAGAUAAAGGAAGAUUGAAAGAGCUGACGUGUUUGGAGGGGAGGGCACAGGUGGCCCACUACUACCCGUACUGCCCACAGCCGGAUCUAACCCUGGGUAUCGGGUCCCACACGGAUCCGGACGUGCUGACGGUGCUGCUGCAGAACCAAAUUGGAGGGCUGCAAGUGAAGCAUGGGGAUGAGUGGGUGGAAGUCAAGCCCUUAUCCGGGGCUCUUGUCAUCAAUAUAGGCGACCUUCUUCAGAUAAUGUCCAAUGAUGAGUACAAGAGCGUCGAGCACCGGGUAUUAGCUAAUCCUUUCCCUGAGCCACGAAUUUCAAUUGCCACCUUCUUCAAUCCAGGCAAGAGGAUGGAAACCGAUUACUAUGGUCCUGUACCAGAGCUGGUAUCACAUGAUAAACCCACUCUUUAUCGAAAUUUUACCAUGUUGGAAUUUUUCAAAAGGUUUUUCACUAGGGAUCUGGGAGGAUUGAUAGACUACUUCAAAUUGUGAGAGUUGAAGAAUGUACUAUGUCGAUCAUACCAUGUGAAUUGGAUUAUACAUUGGAACUUAUUUAUCAUUACUUGCAUGCAUCCCAUAU